GUUCGCCAUGUUCACGGGCGUGAUGAAGACAAUUUCCCUUGCAUGGCUGUUGGAGACCUUGAUACUCGGUGCUUUCUGGCAGUCUGCAAAAAGCCAGAGUGACGGUGAUUUCCGGCUAAAUGUGUCAAUUCCUGGAAGUAAUCUCAAGAAACUGGAGGUCUUCUUUUUUGAAAAAUGGGGCCCCGUCUGUGCCAAUAAUUGGCAGUUGCGUGAGUCCAUGGUCCUGUGCAAUCAACUGGGUUUUCAAUUCGUUGGUAGUUGGGGCCCAGACGCUGAAGAUCAAGGAGUGCAAGGGAACCUUGGCUAUGUGAAUUGUCAGGGAGAUGAGAGUUCCAUUCUGGACUGUCCACACAUAAAGCGGACGAAUACCAGCGGCCUAAUUUGCAUUAGAGGAGUGGUUGCGAUGACUUGUGUCGAGACUCGAGGUCAGGGAGCACAAGUCUCUUUCGUGGACGGUGAUGCAUCUACUGAGGGCAGAGUCGAGGUCAGAUUCCAGAACGGCGAUACGACAUUUGUCUACAGCAUCUGCGACGAAGGCUGGGACUUGGCCGACGCAGACAUCGCCUGCACAACUGAAGAACCCGCGAAUGGCCCUGCCCUCGAAGCAGUGGGAGGGUCCUACUUUGGCGAGCACCCUUCGGCAUCCGGCUCUAACGAACAGUUUGAUGGCUACUUGGCGUCCGGCUUGCAGUGCGAUGCAUCUGCGACGUACGAGAAUCUCAUCGGCUGUCCCAACUCUGGCUGGUUUCCCAAGAACUGCAAUAAGAAUGCAGGGGUCAAGUGCCAGAGAAAACCUGAUGCGCUUCCGAUGAACAUCACACUCGUUGAUGGGACGUCGAAUUAUGAAGGGUUUGUCAAAGUGACCUUCAGCCACUUGGUUUCAGGGUCAAUUUGUAGCCAGAAGGCCUUGACCCUCAGGGAAGGUGACGUGGUCUGCCGAUCCCUGGGAUACGGCUACGCCCUCAGUGUCUCUGAGGGGAAGAGCAGUUUACAGCCAGUUGUCGUCAACCUCCACUGCGACGGGAAUGAGCAGUCUCUGACUGAGUGUGUGUUCAACGUCGGUGGAAACUGCGACAGAGGAAACACACUCGAAGCAAAGGUCACCUGCAGUGGGCCCCUUGAAGCCAGUAAGUAUCCUGUGGAGCUCACCGACCAACUGGGCGCAAGAGACAAAAAGGGACUCUUGAGGGUCUUCCGAGACGGCCGCUGGGGAACCGUCUGCAAGACAGGCUGGACCAAGGAAGACGCACAGGUGGUGUGCCGCCAGCUGGGCUAUUCCUCUGUCGUCAGCUACGUGUCUGAUGACGCAAGCGGAAGUGGACCGAUCUACUUGACUAACGUUAACUGCGACGGGACUGAGCAGAGUUUGGACCAGUGUCAGCAUGACGGCUGGGGUGUCCAUGAGGGAUGUAGCCACAUGAUGGAUGUGUAUGUCAAGUGCGGAUCAGCAAUGACGGUGUGUAACACCAUACUGAUUGCAGCCCUGGCUAGCCUGGCGAAGUUUCUCAGUUCCUAGUGAUGGACAGACGACUUCAGAAAUAUUUGGAAAAUCAUUUGUUGUGAUGGUCGUUUGGCUCAAAUUGAGCUCAAGUUGAAACAUGUAGAGUUACUGUAGAAAGCGUGGUGUUACUGAAAUGAAACUGAAAUAACAAUUAAACUUAUAACUGAGAAACAAAUCAGGGAAAACAUGUUUAAUGUUACUGAAUUUAUUGUUUUUUACUUAUGCAUUUAUAAAGUUCAACGAGCCACUGAAAUUUGUUUUAACCUCAUAUUUGAUUAAGUAAAUUAGCUCUGUACUUUUCCUUUUCCUGCUAUCACCCAAAAUUUGCGUAUGUUAGGACUCUUUUAAAAAAAAAUAAUCUGACCAGGUUUAAAGUAGAUCCAUGCAUUUUUUUGAUAUAUGUUUUCACGUGACAAAGAUUUAUCCUUUACAGCAGAAUUAAACUCAAAUUUUGUAAAAAAAAAAAUAAGUUCUUAUAUUGCCCAGUACUUAUUUAUGAAAAUUGGUUGUAUAUAAUGCAUAGUCUAUUAAUUGAAGUGUAUUUUAUACUGAUCCUUGAUUGCUAAGCUCUAUAUCUGAUUCCAAUUUUUGAUUCAUUUUGUUUGAAGUUUAUUUCAAGCUGAUGGAUCUCUAAACUCUAUUUUUCUAAAAGUUGCAUUAUGAAAUAGUUUAUUUGUGAAAAUAUUAACGUACUCUGCAAACGUUAUGCACAUGUCAUGAUAAGCUUUUACCCUGCCUUUCUUAUAUUAUAUUCAUAUGAAGUAAAUUUACACUAA